UGCACGGAGGACAAACGGCUUUCCUCGCGGAUAUUAAUGCGCUCUGUCACUUUGCGUGAUGGAGAACUUUACCAUGUGGAGUAAUUUCACUCGAGUUCUGUCAGAGCUGGACGGGACGGAGGAGGACGAGGAUGGGGAAGAGGACGGGGGAGGGAUCGGCGGACUGCGCGUCCUCGUCGCCUGCGUGCUCUUCCUGCUCAUCGUGUCCACGUUGCUCGGGAACACGCUCGUGUGCGCAGCCGUGAUAAAGUUCCGCCACCUGCGCUCCAAAGUCACCAACUUCUUCGUCAUCUCUCUGGCCGUGUCCGACCUGUUCGUGGCCGUGCUCGUGAUGCCGUGGGAGGCCAUCACUGAGGUGACCAACACGUGGCUGUUUGGACGCUUUUGUGACGUCUGGAUCGCCUUUGACAUCAUGUGCUCCACAGCGUCCAUCCUCAACCUGUGCAUCAUCAGCGUGGACCGCUACUGGGCCAUCUCCAGCCCCUUCAAGUACGAGCGGAAAAUGACUCAUCGCGUGGCGUUUGUCAUGAUCGGGGUGGCGUGGACGCUGUCCAUUCUGAUCUCCUUCAUCCCCGUGCAGCUCAACUGGCACCGGGCCGGGGAGGAGGAGCGGGAGGUGGCGAUGGAGGAGAUGGCGGCGAUAAUGGCCGCCAGCGGAAAGAACUUCACAAACUUGAGCAGCUUCAACUCGAGCGACGUCGCCGCCCAGAGUUGUGUGGCCAACCUGAACAAGACCUACGCCAUCUCCUCCUCCUUUAUCAGCUUUUACAUCCCAGUGGUGAUCAUGAUCGCCACCUACACCCGGAUCUACCGAAUCGCUCAGACCCAGAUCCGUCGGAUCAUGUCUUUGGAGCGGGCGGCAGAGCAGGCGCAGCACCAAGGCCACGGCGUGAACAGGAACCAGCAGCAUGUGCAGCGGCCCGGCGACGAGGCCUCGCUGAAGUCCUCGUUCAAAAAGGAAACCAAAGUCCUGAAGACGCUUUCAAUCAUCAUGGGCGUGUUCGUGUUUUGUUGGCUGCCCUUCUUUGUCCUCAACUGCACCGUCCCCUUCUGCGACCCGCCGUGCGUCAGCGACACCACCUUCACCGUCUUCGUCUGGUUCGGCUGGGCCAACUCGUCCCUCAACCCGGUCAUCUACGCGUUCAACGCAGACUUCCGCCGAGCUUUCGCCAGCAUCCUGGGCUGCGGCCGAGUCUGCUCGAACAACGCGGUGGAGGCGGUGAACUUAAGCAACGAACUGGUUUCCUACCACCAUGACACCACCCUCCACAAGGAGGCGCUGGUCCCCGCUCAGCCGCAGCAGCAUCCCCGCAACAUUAACGUCAGCUCGGACCACCUGGAGGACAUGAGCGCACAUUUUGACGAGGAGUCGAUCAUCUCCAACGGUUCUCCGAGCCACAACAGACUGCUGCUGCUUCCCGCAACCAUCCAGUAUGAGGAAGACCCAGAGAUUUCCUUGGAAACAAUCACACCGUUCACCUCAGCUCCAGGGCUGGAGAGUGAUGCUCUGAUACCAGGACAAGUCCACCAGGACGGAUAGGACAGACACAAUGUUUGGACAUUCCUCCAUGAUGUGUGCUCCUGAUUCAUUUAAAGUUGUGGACUUUAGAACUUCAUAAUUUGGGUUAUUGAUCUGAAACUGGCUAAAAUCACCACUGAGCACAAAGAAUGUAUAAUCUCCACGUUCAUCCUAUUAUAGCCUGUCACGAAGGGACAGAUGGUGCUUGAAAAAACGUUGUCUUGACAAGUCUGAUGGCUGAUAUCUGGAGCUCUGAGGUCUCUCCAGACGAAUGUCCCAUUAACAACUCAAUAGUUGCGCCUGAACAAGUCAUUAAAAUUGCACUAAAACUUCCUUCUCAUUUAAACUCUUUAAAUGAGAGUCCAGUGACACCACCUGCUGGUUUGUAAAGUCCAGUUCUGAAGCCUCAAACUGAGCGUUUCUGACAUGCUAACCAGGCGUGACGAGCUUCUUUCUCACUAUAACAUUUUCAGCGGGGAUCAACUGCUGAGACGAAAAUGCCCUGUUUCACGUAGAUAAAUAUAAAAAAAGAAAAACAGAGCUGUAAUGCACUUUUUCUUAGUGCGAGGAACUGAGCACUCUGUGAUUCCCAAAUCACAGCAGUAUACGCACUAAGUAGAUGCGCCCUAAAUCAUACCCCUGCUUUACUGUCCAUUUAACUUUUUAUGGGACCAUAAUUUAUAAAAAUAAACAUUUUAUGUCCAGUAAGAUGUAAAACUAGGAAUUGAGACCAUAAACUCAUCAGAUAAGUUUUCACUGAAGUCAUUUAUCAAGUGAGAAGGGGAGCCAUUUUCCCAUCGUGUUAAAUAUGACCCAAUUUCUUUUUCCCGCUGGCCUUUAGAAAGAACGCAGGUUCGAGGCCCUCCAGCGUUGGCUGGAUCUAUCGAGCCUGAUAUUAAAUAACAGGCGGGAAACUCAAGCUACUCUUAAAUGCCAGCAUCCUAAUUUAUAUAUUUUUAACAUCCUGUUUGCUGCUGUAUUUUGUAUUUUGUUUGUUUUUUCAUGUUUUCUUUAGGUUGUUUAAAUAGAAACAAAUUUAUGUGUGUGGAAAUGUGACCUCCUGACAAAAAGCCUGUGCAAACCCAGUGCAGACACGAUCGUUUAAACCCAUAUUUAUUCACAGUAGAACACAGAAAACAUAUCAGAUGUUUAAGCGUAGACAGUUUGAAGUCGAUGGCAGCAACAUGCCUCAAAACAUCCAUGAUGGGAGCAACAAGGCUGGAGAAGCAGGCGGUGCAAAAAAGAAACAGCUGGAGAAACAUGUUGUACAAAUCAGGUUAAUUGGCAGCAGGUCAGCAACAUGAUUGGGCAUAAAAAGAGCAUCUUGAUUUAUAAAUUGUGAAACAAUUUCAGAAUAAUAUUCAUCAAAAUAAAAUUGUAAAAAAACUCAGAAAAUAUUAAAUCAUAAACUAGUCUGGAGAAGCAUCUGUGUGCAUGAGACGAGGCUGGAAACCCGGACUGGAUGCCUGUGAUUCGAUGGCUCUUUGGCUUCGGAGUAGAAGAGUCUGAGUGCUGAGCCAGCUGAGAACAUCUGGAGCAUCCUGAAACCAAAAAUGGGACAAAGAGGAGUCCGGACUGCUGGGCAUCAGUCCAGAACGGGACAACAGUCCUCUGGAAGUCCAGCAGCUGCUGUCCUCAGCUCACAGGCGGAUGUUACAGAGGAAACAUGGACCGGCCCAAACUUUUAGAGACGUGUUGAUACCAUCAAAUUCAAAACAGUCUCAUAUGUUCAUUAAGACUCAGUUUAAUCAUUUGACUCGUUUUUUGUGAAUAAAUGGGUUUGUGACAUUUGCAAAUCAUUGUAUUCUGUUUUUAUGUACAUUUUCCACAGCAUCCCAACUUUUUGUAUACUAGGAGAGAACUGUUAGUGAUGUGGAAGUGCUUUAGAGACACGUAGAGGCAACCGGUGUUUGUGUGUUAA